AUGUGGUGGUCUGGGCGAGAGCAGAGCUGCAGCAACAGGCUGCUCCGGCGCCUGAGCUCGGUGCUCGCAGCGCUCGGUGUCAGGAGCGCACCCGCUGCACCUCCGCGACGCCUCCGCCUCGCUGUGGUCGGCGACUGCCACGGCCAGUACAACGAGGACGACAACGCCGCGCUGCUCGCCCUCGUUCCUGACGCCGCCCUCUUUGUCGGCGAUUACGACAACGAGGCGGCCGACAUCCCACGCACCAUCGCUAAACUGCACGGCGCCCUUCCCGUCGCGUCCAUAAUGGGCAAUCACGACGCGUGGUACCUCUCCAAGUUGAUCGCCAGGGAGCGCACGGCACUCGACUCGGCCUCCUCCUCGGCCUCCUCCCUCGCGCCCGGUGCUCAGCCGCGCCUUGGGGAGAGCGCCGAGUUUGAGUCCGUGCGGCAGCAGCAUUCGCUCCUCGCACCGUCCAACGUCGGCUGGGGCCGCCGCGACUUCGAGGCGCUCCCCCUCAGCGUCGUCGGCGGGCGGCCCCUCUCCUCGGGAGGCGCGAGCCUCGAGCGGCACGCGCGCAUGUACAGCUCGCUCUGGGGCGUGCGAGGUGCGGAGGAAAGCGCGGCGGUCAUCGCGAAACACGUGCGCGCUGCGCCGCCGGGCGCGGCGACGGUCAUGCUCGCUCACAACGGGCCGAGCGGGCUCGGCAGCGCGCGGGACGAUAUCUGCGGCAAGGACUGGGGCGGUGGCGGCGGCGGAGACUGGGGCGACGAGGACUUGCGCCUCGCACUCUCCGACGGCGGCGGCCAGCGGUCGAUGGUGUGCCGCGGGGCGGACGGACGGCUCUACGUCAACGGGGCGAGGGUGCCACGGUGGCGGACGGCGCCCUCCGGCUGCGGCGUCGAGCGGCUCUUCACGAUGGUCGACCUCGAGCAGUCGAGCGGGGGGUGGGCGGCGGCACGCGUGGAGCAGGUGUGGGCGCUGCCGGACGGGCGCGUGACGGAGCGAGAACCGCUGUGGUCUGUUGACGACGAGCUCCUGGAGAGCAUGCGCGAGUGA